AUGGAAUAUCCUAAGAAGUGGUCGUACUUUACCGAAUACUUUGAUGACGUUCUCGGACCCCCAGCGAGUUACAUUUGUCGUUCUCUGUUUAGUGCAAUAAUUGGCUCUACUCGGAUCAUCGAAAGUGAAGAAUUCCAACCAGAUACUAGUCGAUUCUACGCCUUCACUGAUGUCGUGCCCGACACUCUGGCUCAAGGUUUUAUUUUAAGUCCGACCAAUCCUUACCGAUUUUUUAUCACAAGCUUCAGUCGGGUAUCCAUGUCGGACGCAGUGGAACAAUAUGAAGCUGCGCAUGCCCUAUGCAGUAAGGGCUCGGAUCCAAUACUAGAGGAACAAGCCAAAGCAUGGAGCCGACUUUGGCACACCGGUGGAGUAUGCUUACUUCCGGCCCCUUCUCCGGGCGAUAAUCCCACAGAAAAAUGUUCACCACACAAUCGUCUCCCGUUAAUCAUCAAUGCCUCACAGUACAGUUUACUCACUUGUUUGCCGACACAUUUGUCCGGUUGGAUUGAUCAUUGCGGAUUCUUUGGUCUCUGUCCGACUGGGCUCGCGCGAGGUAACGAGGAAGACGAUUACCUGGGGCACGUAUUUUGGGAUAUGGAGAUCUGGAUGUUACCGUGGAUUAAUCUCUUUCACCCGACACAAUGUCGUUUGGCACUCGAUUAUCGGUAUUUCAUGUUACCGGCAGCGCGAUACCUGGCAGUACUCGAUGACCUUGAAGGAGCCCGAUAUCCGUGGGAAUCAGCUUUCACAGGCGUUGAAACUACACCGUGGAAGUUAGCCGCGGAUAAUCAAAUACACAACGUAGGAGCGGUUUCUUUCUCCGUCCAACAGUGGCUUCUUUCUAAUUUACCGGAUUCCAACUGCUUUGAUCAUCUGUCCGCGGGGAGUAACGACUCUGCUGCCAGUUCAGACUCGGUGGACUCUCAAACAUCCGGAUCCGAAUCGGAUAAACGUUGGUUUGUUGAACGUGGUUCAAUCCUGUUAGAGGAUGUAGCCCAAUUUUGGAAUUCACGAAUGCAGUUCAGCGAGGAGAAAAAAGCAUUCGUUAUACUCGAUGUGAUGCCACCGGAUGAAUACACCCAUAGUUGUCGGAACUCAGCCUACACGAAUGCGAUCGCCUCUUUGGCUCUUGCUGCACCAGCCACGUUUGCGCGUCGUCAACGCCAACACGUCAAACAAGAGUAUUUAGAUUGGGAGACUCGAGCUUCACAGUUGUGGAUGCCGCGGGAUCAUACACAUCAGUUGAUGCUAGAACAUGAAGAUUAUACUCUGGGUUAG